AUGGCUGUGUGGGCUUCGGGGGGCCGCCUGGGCCUCCGCGGGUUCCUCGCGGCCGGCAGGCUCCUUUGUCCCCGUUUCCAGAGCCGCGGCUCCCCGGGCGUAGAAGACGGGGACGGGCCACAGCCUCCCUCGAAGACACCCAAGAUCCCCAAGAUUUACACCAAAACAGGAGACAAAGGGUUUUCUAGCACCUUCACUGGAGAAAGGAGACCCAAAGAUGAUCAGGUGUUCGAAGCCUUGGGGACUACAGAUGAAUUAAGUUCAGCCAUUGGGUUUGCUAUGGAAUUAAUUGCGGAAAAGGGCCACCCAUUCGCUGAAGAGCUUGAGAAAAUCCAGUGCUCCCUGCAGGACGUCGGCUCCGCCCUGGCAACACCCCGCUCCUCCGCCCGGGAGGCUCACUUAAGACGCACCACGUUUGAGGCGGGGCGCACCCUGGAGCUGGAGCAGUGGAUCGACAAGUACUCCAGCCAGCUCCCCCCUCUCACAGCCUUCAUUCUGCCGUCGGGAGGCAAGAGCAGCGCUGCACUGCACUUCUGCCGGGCCGUGUGCCGCCGGGCGGAGCGACGCGUGGCGCCCCUUGUCCAGAUGGGUGAGACGGAUGCAGACGUGGGCAAGUACUUAAACAGACUCAGCGACUACCUCUUCACGCUGGCCAGGUACGCAGCCAUGCAGGAGGGGAAACAAGAGAAAAUAUACAGGAAAAAUGACCCGUCGGACUGA